CUGGGUAGUCCUCAGCUGCCAGCAUCUGAUUAAAACCAUAUCGCUCGCUGUGAGUGGCUGACUAAUCUCAAGGCGAGAGUGCAACCGCAUAUUUAACCGGGGCCCCGGUCCCAGCCAGGCUACGGGCUGCGCUCAUCGGAACAUGCACGGAGCGGCACGGAUCUAGCCCAUGAAAAUCACCUUUCCCUGUUUCUCACUACUGGUUGAAUAUGAUGAAGACAGCCGGACUAUGUUCCACAUCAGUGCUAACAUCAGUAUACAUGGUUAAAACUGGAGGUGAAUAGUUCCCAAGCUGUCUGUGCACUUUCUUCUACCACUUGCCUUCAAGCAGCCUACAGUGAACGUAACUGGCCACAAUCCCAUCAUGUCUGCUGAAGCUGAAACUGCUGCUACCAACAGCCAGCCCGAACAACAGGCUCCACCAAAGGCACAAUCUUCAAAGAAGGAAAAAAAGAAAGGGCCAGAAAAAACAGAUGAAACCCUCUUGGCUAGAUUCAAAGGUGAUGGUGUAAAAUACAAGGCUAAACUGAUUGGCAUAGAUGAUGUUCCUGAGGCAAGAGGAGACAAAAUGAGUCAGGAUUCAAUGAUGAAGCUGAAGGGAAUGGCAGCAGCAGCCCGUUCCCAGGGUCAACACAAACAGAAGAUCUGGGUAAACAUCUCCCUCUCUGGAAUCAAGAUUAUAGAUGAGAAAACUGGGGUCAUAGAGCAUGAGCACCCAGUAAACAAAAUCUCCUUUAUUGCUCGGGAUGUAACAGACAAUCGUGCCUUCGGCUAUAUAUGUGGAGGAGAAGGCCAGCACCAAUUUUUUGCCAUAAAAACAGCCCAACAGGCUGAGCCUCUGGUUUCUGAUCUUAAGGACCUCUUCCAACUAAUUUAUAAUAUGAAGAAGAAGGAAGAAGAAGAAAAGAAAAAGAGUGAAGAAGCAAGUAAGACUGAGAAUGGUGGUGAAGAACUGCCUGCUGAUCAAGCUGACAAGGCGAAACUGGGAGUUGACCAGAUGGACUUGUUUGGGGAUAUGUCAACACCCCCUGAUAUGAGCAGCCCCACAGAGGCUAAAGAGAUUCUGUUAGUGGAUUUUAAUUCUGAAAUUGAGACCAAACAAACCUUUGCAAAAGAGGAUCUCUUCUUGAAUGGCAUCACAGCCUCUCUUCCACAACCAAAGGCACAGACACCCUUCUUGCCUGAGAGUUCUUUCUCUACCAAUCUCAGCUUCUUUCCUACACCUAAUCCAAACCCUUUCAGUGAUGAUCCUUUCACACAGCCAGCCCAAUCUACACCACCUUCAUUUGAUUCUCUAAAAUCUGAUCAGAAGAGAAGUCCAACUACAUCAGGGGGUAAUGGUGCUUCAAACAGUGAUAUUGACUACUUUGAUAAACAGUUUGACCAGAUCUCUAAUAGAACUGGCAAACGAGAAGCACUAACAUGCCUGUGGCCACUUGAGAGUAAGUCACCUGCAGCAAGAAUUCCCAAUGUGAUACCAGAGAGAGAACGGAAUGGCUUUCUUGAAGUCCCAACAAAACUGGUUGUGGAAGGUGCUUGCAAAGGAACAUCUCUGCAGAAUGGAGUAAAGCUGGAUUCUGAAAACAAUAUACAAUUCAUGCCACAUGAGCCUAUAACAAUUAGCCCACCACCACAGAGUACCAAGCCAGGAAGAGGAAGGAGAUCUGUCAAGACUGCAUCGAAUGACUUAUUCAGCUCAGACUUCUUUGUGCCAUCUACGGAGAGCCUUAACUUGAGCUCAGGGUCACAGGCAGGAGCUCAGCUAACUAGUCCACUGGACCUCUUCAAAACAAGUUCUACCAUAGCAUCUCCACUGGCUGGUCUAGGUGGUUUGCCAGUCACUUCAUCACCAUGGACCCCGCAAACAGUUUCCUUCACUCAGGCUACAUCAGUCUUCCAUGGGUCUAUGAUGUCUGCGCAGUCUCCAGGAUUUAAUCAACCACUUGCCUUUGGUACUCAAGGAGUGCCAGGCUGGAACCAAUCUUCAUCCUUUGGUGCCACAUCCACUCAGGCUUCUGGUCUCUGGCCGCAGGCAGCACAAGUUCCACCUAGUUCUUGGGCACAGCCAACCAGUGCUGUAAAUCCCUUCCAGAGCAGUGUGUUCACAUCUCCAACGCUACCAGCUCAGACAGCCUCGGCUCUGCCCUCCAUGUCAACAGCAGCUAGCCCACCUCAGCCACCACCCAGAACUACACAGCAGAAGGAGCUGUCCAAGAAAGAGAGCGAUGCAUUCAUUGCUCUGGAUCCACUUGGGGAUAAAGAAAUGAAGGAUGUCAAGGAAAUGUUCAAAGAUUUCCAGCUGACAAAGCCACCUGCAGUACCAGCAAGGAGAGGAGAGCAGCAAAGCCCUUCAGAACCACCAAAGCCUGUUCCUCGGCAAAGUGAGCUGCCAGCUGAUGGCCUGUUUGCAAGUCAAGAUAAAACAGACCCUUUCGCUGCCUCAUCUAAGGAAUCUCAGAAUCCACCUUCUGGUCCUUUUGGUCAUGAAUUUGGCGACCCAUUUGCAUAGAUCAGGCAUAACCAGAAAAGGACAAAUGGAAUAACUGGACCUCUUCUCAACGUGAUUUUUCUACGUGUUUCACUUUGCUGUCUGCUAUUCUUGCUGUUGUUUCAUGAUGUCUGCAAUCUAAAAUAUAUCCAGGUGGAUUGAAGCAUGGACCCUCAAAGAACAUGCUGUGAAGAUGAUAAUUCAGGGCAAAGCAAAUGGGGAUAUUGACUCACGCUGAAAACCCAAAUUCAAAUUGGUGGAUGUUACCUUUAGUUUAGUUCUUUGCACUCCUCUACAGAGAGAUUGGCAGCACUGAGUAAUGUGUCUUGUACCAUUUCCCUUUAUAUGGCACUUACUGUCCCAAAAUAGAGGAACUUAAUGUACCUAGGGGAGAGUUGUUGCCUUUGCAUAAGGGUGUUGAAUUAGUAGCUAAAACUCCACACAUUUAAACAACUAGGUCAGUUGCCCAUUAUGACAGCAGCAGCCAGUUGUAAAGUGGAUGCUACUCAAUUCUAACUGGUGACUAGACAGAUGACUUGGUCUUCUAGCCACAAAAAUUUAACUAUGUGUAGAGGAAAAUAAUAUUACUCUAUUUAACUAAAAGUAUCAUUCCACCAUAAAUGUGUCAUUAAGGGACUGCGGGGUCUGUAACAGCGCUGCUGAAGCCCUGAAUACUAGAGGCCUACACUGUAAGCUGCAAAACUUCUUGCAGAACAUUUAGGUAGUUGUGGACACUAACUGUUGUCUUGGUGCUAAUAUGGCAGUUUUCAGGGAGGGAAAUCUACUAGGAUUACUUUUCUAUUAAGGUGGCUUGGCAAACAAGUCAAACAGGAAGGUAGGGUUCUUGCUUACAUCUCAGUGAAUCCCUGAUGUGCUGAUGAAGUUUGAGUUGUCAUGGUGUAGUGGGGUAUGUUUCCAGCAUGGUAGGAAACAAAAACACCAAAAUAGCUUCACUCCAUGCCUAGGUUCCUUGUGAACAGAUGCACCAUCUCUGUGCUAUUAAUGUGAGGUAGUACUCUAUCUUUUGGAAAGCAUGCCUCUUCUCAAGAGCCUCUUUACUAACAGGGUUUUGAACCAGUUACAACUGCCUGUAACAGCUACAUUCUUGGCCAGUGGUGAUGACUGAUGUGUCAGAAGUUUUUCUGUUAUUGUUAAGUAUAAACUUGAAAUGUUAUUGUUAAAUCAAAUGCCUAAGCUGUUGCUAAACUGGAGAGCUAAGAAAGUCAACUUGAAUACAGCCUUAGUAUCCAAUUCAGCCAGUCAUGCAAUUAGUUGUGUAUACAAACUUCUCUUGCACUUUCUGUAAUGCAAAAAAAAAAAAUUUUAAAAAAUAAAAUCACAAAUUUAAGUAUUUGUCUCAAACUGGAAAUGUAGAAACUUAUUGAUGUUACACUGUUAUAUAAAACUGUAGUAUCUGUUACUUAAUGACAUUAAAAAGAAGCAGCUCUUCAUACCAAAUAAGCAUCAGUGUGGCUGUUAAUUCUGCCUUCUGUUAAGUCAGUCUUGUGGUCUAGUUGACAUCAGAAGUUCAAAGCCUGCUAAAAAGCAUUCCUCACAGCUUCUGUAGCUGUUUGAAGAAAGUGUCUUUCUUUGUAACUUCUUACAUUGGAGCUGUUCAAAAAAUGCUGCGCCAUAUUAAGAAAUAAAAUCUCCAAGUGAUUUAGUAGAAACUGUCACUAGAACUUUGUCCCUUGGGCUGCUCAGCCUGAGCUUGUUGCUGCUAAAGAUGCUUUCCUGCUUCUUUCUGCAGACCCAUGGGAGCUAAGUACUUAAAUUGCAUUGCACUCAGAAGUUUCAAUAAUGCACCUUCUGUAUUCCAGCUUUGCAGGAGAUCUAAAGUGAUGCUGGGAAAUCUCAGAACAUCUUGAGUUCAGAGGAAAUUAUAUAACUCCUUCAACAGAGAUGGCUAUAAAAAUAAUAAAUCUGUUAUUAAA